GGGGGGCGUUCUCACGUGUCUCCACUUGUGUCACCAAGCGGGUGGGCUGCCAAAGUCAUGCCGGCCGGGUUUCAGCAACUGGGAGGAGAGACGGUGACUGGAACCCUCGCCCUGUCAGUCUUCACUGCUGUACUGGGAUCACUGGAGUUUGGCUACAACAUUGGCGUCAUUAACGCGCCCCAAAAGAUUAUUGAAAAGGACUACAACACAACGUGGUUGCAUCGCUAUGGACAGCCGAUCCCAACUGGGACACUUACGUCCUUGUGGUCUUUGUCUGUGGCCAUCUUCUCCAUCGGGGGCGUGUUGUCCUCCUCCUGUGUCGGUUUUGUUUCGGAGUGGUUGGGAAGGAGGAAGGCCAUGCUCAUCAACAACCUGUUUGCAUUCAUCGGUGGGAGCCUGAUGGGAAUGUCUAAACUGUGCCGCUCCUUCGAAAUGAUGAUCCUCGGGCGCUUCAUCAUUGGCUCCUACUGUGGUUUGGCAUCGGGCUUGACCCCCAUGUACGUGGGUGAAAUUGCACCAACCAGCUUGCGGGGAGCACUGGGGACGCUGCACCAACUGGCCAUCGUUAUUGGGAUUCUCAUUGCACAGGUUUUGGGCCUGGAGUCGCUACUCGGCAGUGAGGACUUAUGGCCUCUCCUGUUGGGGCUGACGGUGGUCCCGACCGUCUUCCAGAUGGGGCUCUUGCCUUUCUGCCCCGAGAGCCCUCGCUUUCUCUACAUAGUACGCUGCCAGGAACACCAUGCGAAGAGUGGUCUUGGGUCAACAGCUCCUUCCUCCAACACAUCCGCCAGAUGUACGUCCAGCUAGGCCGCCGCUGCCAGCUCUACGUCCAGCCACCAGCUCUGGCUCCGGCUGGGGCAGCCGGCUACGUUCUGUGCCGUUUUCAGUCUCGCCUCUAGUGAGUCUUCUGACGACUCCACCUCCAGUCUCGCCUACAGUGGGUCUUACGACAACGCCACCUCCAGUGCCGCUUCCAGUUUCGCCUCUAGUGGGUCUUCUGACAACUCCACCUCCAGUCUCGCCUCCAGUGGGUCCUACGACAACACCACCUCUGCCUCCAGUGGGUCCUCCGACGAGGCCACCUUCGCCGCCACUUUCGCCUAUAGCCCAGCAGCUGCUUGCUCGACCUCCAGCCCAGCAGCCUGGUCACCUGGUGCGAAAGUGCCCGUCAGGCGCUCGCGGCCUGCCUACUCGUCGAUCGCAAAUGUGGCCAGUCCA